AUGCGAAUGUCGCUCGCUUCGAUCGGCAUGCGUUCGGUGGUUGACUCGUACCUUUGCCUCGCCCAUCUCACGGGUGGCAUCCUCGUGGACGAUUUAUUCAUGCCGCUGGCGCUCGUGGCGCUGUGCUACUUCGUGCUGUUUAGUAUACUCGAGAUGCGCCUGCUCAUCGCCGCGUGGCGCGCGCGCACGCCCGAUAUUACCAACUGGAUAGAACUUCGAGUGAACCUCGGUGCGGUGUACUCGAGAUUUUACGCCGGAUUCAUCUCGGGUCUCUUUGCGAUGUAUUGGCUCUCCGAUCGAUUCAUCAUCUUCUUGUUGCUCGCGAACUCGUAUUGGGUUCCUCAAAUCGUACGCAACGCCUACCACAACCACCGACAAGCGUUGAAGCCUUGGUACGUUGUGACGACGUCGUUCAUGCGUUUAUCGGCGCCGCUGUACGUGCUCGGGUGUCCGUCCAACUUUCUGAAGAUACGUCCGAACUACUUUCACUGCGCGGUGAUGGUCGCGUGGACGACGGCGCAGACGGCGAUGUUGCUCGCGCAGUAUUACAUCAAUCCUAGAUACGGAUUCCCCAUCGGCAUUUUCCCCGAAGUGUACGACUAUCAUAGGAAAGCGCGCGAACGAGACGUCGAAAUGGGCGACGUCGCCGCCGGUCCCGACUGCGUGAUUUGCAUGAAUCCAGUCAAGUUCCGCGCCGUGCACGAUCGCAUGGUGACACCGUGUAACCAUUUUUUCCACACAAAGUGCUUGAUGCGGUGGAUGGACAUCAAGCAGGAGUGUCCGACGUGCCGCGGCGCGUUGCCGCCGAUGUAAAGGCGCGUCCGACGUCGUUCGCCCUUGUAAUCCUAGCCUCUAGUCCUUAGCGAACCACCGCACAGCGACGCGCGCGCGCGACGCACCCGCGUCGCCGAAACCAACGCGACCGAUGACGUCGUUCAUCGGCGCCGUCGCGCUCUUCGCGCUCGGCUGCGCCAUAGCCGCCGCGCUGCCCCGUCCUCUCGAGGAGGACAAACGAACGUGGUCGAGAAAAAGCAAACGUCCCAAGAGUCCGAGUCGCGUCGGCCGCCGCCGCUGAGCGCGCGCCGGUCGAACGGUUCGACGACGCGCGCGCGAACGCCACCCCGCGCGCGAAUCGCGCGCGCGUUCGAACGCGCACCGGAACGACGUCUCGCGUCUUCGCGCCCGCGCGUCACGCGCCGCCGCCGCCGCCGUCCGCGCCCUCGUCCUCCUCCGCGCACUCGUACGCGCACCCCUCGCGCCCGCGCGGGCGCGACUCCGCGUCCGCCCCGUUCGCGUCCACGACCGGCGUCCACUUGCGAAACGUCGUCUUCGUCUUCUCCGUCUGUCCCUCGCGCGUCUCGCCCUCGACCCACCUCCACGCCUUGACGCGUCCCUCGCGCGCGGCGACGACGUCGCGCGCGUUCCGCGCCUCGAGUCGCGAGCCGCGCG